AUGAGCGGAGAACACACCCCGACAUCCACUUCCGGCAGUGGUGGCAUGUAUAAUAAUCUAAAGGCCCCACUUCUUCCAAUCGAACAACGAACACAUGGACACGCUUGCCUGAAAUCCAUUCUGAGUCUCAACAAUUUCUACGUGUUACUUGGACCCAUGUUGUCUCUGCUUAUAUGCCUCUUCGUGAAGCUGGAUGGUGCUCCCGCCACAAGCAGGAACAUGCUUGCAGUGAUUGCUUGGGUGUUCGCAUGGUGGGUGACCACCGCGGUGCCUCUUCCGGUGACGUCCAUGUGCCCCCUCUUCCUCUUCCCGCUCUUUGGGAUUGCUUCUGCUGAUGCUGUUGCACACUCUUACAUGGAUGACGUCAUUACCCUCGUCUUGGGCAGUUUCAUCCUUGCUCUCGCUGUUGAACGCUACAAUGUCCACCGAAGAUUGGCCUUGAAAGUGACAUCGGUGUUCUGUGGAGAGCCACUGAAUCCGGCGAUGCUGCUAUUGGGUCUAUGUGGGACGUCAUUCUUCGUGAGUAUGUGGAUGCACAACGUGGCGGCAGCGGUGAUGAUGAUGCCGGUGGCAACGGGGAUACUGCAGAGGCUGCCGGGACCUGAGGAACAGGGAGAGGUGGUGAACAAGUUCAGCAGGGCGGUGGUGCUGACAGUGGUGUACGCGACGCCGAUAGGAGGGAUGAGCACUCUGACGGGGACAGGAGUGAAUCUCAUUCUGGUUGGGAUGUGGAAGAGCCUCGUCCCUGGUUCGAAGCCAAUAAGCUUCAACACGUGGUUCUUCUUUGGCUUCCCUGUGGCCAUUGUCAUCCUCAUCUUCUUCUGGUGCCUCAUCACUUUCCUCUAUGUCCGAAAAUCUUCACCUCAGGCUUUGUCUUCUUAUCUCGACAAAGCUCACUUGAAGCGUGACCUACAAGCCCUCGGUCCGAUGUCUUUUGCUGAGAAGAUGGUGUUGUCUGUGUUUGGGUUGCUGGUAAUAUUAUGGAUGACAAGAAGAAUCACAGAUGACAUUCCCGGUUGGGGAGAGCUCUUCAAUGGUCGUGUUGGUGAUGGAAGUGUCAGUGUUGUGGCGGCUGUAUUAUUGUUCAUAAUCCCAAACAUGAAACAAAAGGGAGAAAAGCUAAUGGAUUGGAACGAAUGCAAGAAGUUACCAUGGAACCUGAUUUUGCUUCUAGGAGCUGGGUUUGCCAUAGCUGAUGGAGUCCAAUCUAGUGGCCUAGCAGAUGUGCUAUCCAGAGCCUUAGAUUUCUUGGAGAACACGCCAUACUUGGCCAUUGUUCCUGCAGUUACCCUGAUCAGUAGCAUUAUUACAGAGUUCAUAGCCUCCAAUGAUGCCACUGCCACGCUCCUUCUACCACUUAUGUAUCACGUGGCCAGAACCAUGCAUGUGCAUCCCCUUAUUCUUAUGGUCCCUGGCGCACUGGCAACUGAGUUUGCUUUCUUGCUUCCAACAUCAACUCCUUCAAAUGUAGUUGGAUUUGCCACUGGCCACAUUGACAUCAUAGACAUGCUCAAAGUUGGUCUACCACUUAAGUUUGCUGGGAUAGCUGUUCUCUCAAUUUUGAUGCCAACACUAGGAGCUAUGGUUUUUAGAACAAAUUAAUUUACAAUAUUAAGAUGAUGACAAAUACAAACUCCAUCACGGAGGAAAACAUUUUAUCACUACUCUGUUGUAAUCCUUUUCUCCACAAUUUAAUGAAAGGGGAUUGUACUGAUU